UUUUGGAGAAGGAUUUUCAUGAAAAGAGAUGGGUGACUUGACAAACUGCUCUGCAAGAGAAAUCCUUGGUUAACAAGCAGGGGAAGAAGUGCCUUGUCAGCACAGGGAUGGAUGGGACAAGGCUGGUGGUGUUUGCAGAGUUCAGGGCAACAUCUGUGAAGAGCAACCAACACGAACAUUGUGACAAGGCACAAGUGGGAACUAGGGUCGUAAAGCCUUGCAGGGAGGCACAGAGGAGAAGGAGAGAAAACACGAAGCUGUGGGCUAUACAGCAAGGGAGUGAGCUCCAAAGGAAUGGACAAUGUGGCUGAUUCAACCAUGUGUUCCUGCCCAUGCCAUUUGAUUUUCGGUAGCAAAAAUGAGAAUUUUGUUAGCCACAUGGGACCCAGCACAUCAGCCCUGGAGCUCUCCUGUGGCUCAGGCAUAAAGCAGCUCUGCUUUGACAGGAUCCUCCCAAGCAGCCCUGUGCUCAGGUUGUCCUUCUGUCCCUCUGUGUCCCCAGAUGCUUUCCACAGACCCUGCUCAGCAGUGAGAUACCUGGCACAAGCCCUGAGGGCACUGACCACUCCAGCCACAGGUACCACUGCAUUAUUAAAGUAAUUAGAAAACCACAGAGGAUCAAAGCUCGCUCUUGCAGAGCUAAAUGGAAACGAAGACUUCUUGCUGCAAACCCAUAUGUCUAUUAACACUUUAUAAAUCUGUGGAACGCCUGUAACAAAUGUCACCACAAUGCAGAUAAGUUCAGGGAUUACAAAAUGACUUAUGACACCUGUCUGACCAGCUGCACCACCGCGGUUAACCAGACAGAAAUGCGUAUCUGCCACUUCUGGGAGGCACCAGAAGAGGGUUCAAUUUAAACCAAUUAAUAAAAUAGCCUGUUUGGGCAAAAAAAAAAAAAAUAAAUAAUUGUUCUCUGAGAAUACAUGCAUUCAACACUGCUAGAAAAUCCCUGCCAUCUGACGUAGAGGGAUUUAUAGGUUUAGUGGAAAUUGCUUUCCCCACUGUCCAGAUUAAAUACUGCAGGAUGAUUUUUUGUAUGAGUAAACAUCCUUCCAAUAACGAUCAGACCGAUAAUGUCUUAAAAAGAGAAACAGGAUCUACGUUUUGCUUUUCUUCUUCUUGUAUGGACUAUUUCUGGAUACAGAACAUUCAGGUAACAUGUUGACUGUCCAUAAAAUGCAUUUUAGCAUCUUCCUGCUGUUGUGGGGAUGGGUUUUAUCCACUGAAUGCAGAGUCCACCGACAAGGAAAAGAAAUACAUGAGGCGUACAAAAAAGGCAGCCGGCCCCAGCGGCAGAGACGGGAAGCCCACGGCGAGGCGCACAAGCAGGGCAGUAGCCCAAUCCUGAAACGAAGCCCUGACAUCACCAAAUCUCCACUGACAAAGUCAGAACAGCUGCUGCGAAUAGACGACCAUGACUUCAGCAUGAGACCAGGUUUUGGAGGCCCUGCAAUUCCUGUUGGGGUGGAUGUCCAAGUUGAAAGUCUGGACAGCAUUUCUGAGGUGGAUAUGGACUUCACCAUGACGCUCUACCUGAGACACUACUGGAAAGACGAGAGGCUCUCCUUCCCCAGCACCAACAACCAGAGCAUGACGUUUGACGGCCGGCUGGUGAAGAAGAUCUGGGUCCCUGACAUGUUCUUUGUGCACUCCAAGCGCUCCUUCAUCCACGACACCACCACGGACAACGUCAUGCUGCGGGUCCAGCCAGAUGGGAAGGUACUUUAUAGCCUCAGAGUUACAGUAACAGCAAUGUGCAACAUGGAUUUCAGUCGCUUUCCCCUGGACACACAGACGUGUUCCCUGGAGAUUGAAAGCUAUGCCUACACCGAAGAUGACCUCAUGCUCUACUGGAAGAAUGGGAAUGACUCCCUAAAAACAGAUGAGAGGAUAUCUCUGUCCCAGUUCCUGAUCCAGGAGUUUCACACCACCACCAAGCUCGCCUUUUACAGCAGCACAGGUUGGUACAAUCGCCUCUACAUCAACUUCACCUUGCGCCGUCACAUCUUCUUCUUCUUGCUCCAGACCUACUUCCCCGCCACUCUCAUGGUCAUGUUGUCCUGGGUGUCCUUCUGGAUCGACCGCCGAGCGGUACCUGCCAGAGUCCCUUUAGGGAUCACCACCGUGCUGACCAUGUCCACGAUCAUCACGGGGGUGAACGCCUCCAUGCCCCGUGUUUCCUACAUCAAGGCAGUGGACAUUUACCUGUGGGUCAGUUUUGUGUUCGUCUUCCUCUCGGUGCUGGAAUACGCGGCCGUGAAUUACCUGACCACUGUGCAAGAGCGGAAGGAGAGGAAACUCCGGGACAAGCUUCCCUGUGCGUGCAGCCUACCUCAGCCCCGGCCCAUGAUGAUGGACGGCAGCUACAACGACGGCGACGUGGGCGAGCUGGGGCACUACGUGUCCGAGAACGGCGACAAGCAGGACAGGAUGAUGGUGCAGCUGGCGCUGGGGUCCGAGAGGGGCUCGGGCAGGAGGAAAAACCAGAGAUACGUCAGCAUGAGGAUCGACACUCACGCCAUCGACAAGUACUCCAGGAUAAUAUUCCCUGGUGCAUACAUUCUAUUUAAUUUGAUAUACUGGUCGAUUUUUUCAUAAACAUCUGUAACUUCCAUAGUCACGGUGUACUGCCAUGGUACAUGAAGGUACUGUCUCAUAGGUGAACAGAAAGAAAAUAGAGAUUGUUUUAAAUUUGAAGGAAGGAAUAUCACAAAUAUUGAUUUUUUUCAGGAUUAUAUUUUUUUUUUAUUAGAUGCAACUCAUCUGUGGCAUAAAUAACUGUGCAAGUUUCACAUUUCAAAUAAAUAUAGGAUAUACAAUCUAAAACCUUAUACUUAUUUGAAGCUGUGCUAUGUUCCUUCUUGUGCCUCACAGGCCACUGUAAGCUAUUUUAAGAAGUGACAGUAAUUGCCAGCUGCUUAUGUAUGGUGCAGGUUCCAUUGUGUGCCCCUGAAAUCCUAAUUCUUUCAGUACUUGAGCACAUGCAAACAUCUCUGGACUCAGCAGACUUACAACACUCAAUGCCGAUGAAUACAAGGAAUAUGCAAAUGGUUGCGUGUUUGCAGGAUGAGGUCAGAAACAGCUACUGCAAACACGAAAUGCCCAGUACUGGGAAAUGCUUUGGCAAGGUUAUUGAGGGCCAAAGCUUGCUUUCAGUGCUCAAUGCCUGCCAUGCUAGCAGUACUGCACUGACAGAGCCAAGCAGUAGUAGACUUGUGCUAUGUCUGGAUUGUAUUUAAAACAGAGAAGCAUUUUGAAGCUGUUUUGAUUAACCUUUUGAAACAUAACUUGCAAUGUACAUUUCCUAAGGAAUCUCGCAGUCCGAACAAAAGUUGGACUUUCUGUGAUGCCAGCCAAAUCCUCCACAGGACCUCUCCUUGGAUCUGCUUAUUCAGGUCAGUGGGAGUUUUGCUCUUGAGUUUCCUGGGAGAGGAAAAAAAUUUCUCUGCAGUGAUCCAGCAAAGACAAUUGGGUGUCUACAAAAAGAAUGAAACUACUGUAGGAGAAGCCACUUCUCUCUGCGAUAGUCCAGGUGCUACAGGAGAGCUCCGUACAGACCGAGUGCUGAGACACUGUUGAAGCCUGUGAAGUCUCAUCCCUGCUAAAGCCACUGGUGAGUGCACUCACUUCCAGGAAAAGCCUACUCUGUCCAGAUUUAGUAAAAACAUAGAAGAAGGGUGCUCAGCAGGUCACAAAAGCAGCUGUAAGGACUUUAUGUCAGUUACUAACAUAGCUAUGUUAGUAGCAGUAAAGUUACCAUGCUGAAAGCUUUGGAAUGAAGUGAAAAGGAGCCUCCACCAUGAGACACCUGACCCAAGUCCAUCUACCCGGCUCUGCUUUCAUGCUGGAUCCUUCUCCUGGCACCUCGCAGCCCUCCAUGCCCUUGGAGGAGGCUCAGUACCUUCCAGGGCAGGAACAAGAAGACAAAGCUGGCGCUGGGGGCACUCAGCACUGACUUAAGUCCCUACUUGACAUCACGGUUCCUGCAGAGCAGCCAGCUGUAAUGUAGAAGCAGUAAAAUAUUUCAGGAAAUUACUUCAGGAAAAAUAAGAGUUGGUUGAAUAUAAUCAGGGGCCUUUAAAAUAAUCGGAGUUUUGAAGGUAUCUCACAGAAAAACUGGUCUUUCUGUUGGCGUGCUGCUAGGCGUUACCCACCUACGUCUGCACAGCUGACUGCAGCUGCAGGGGUAACAGGACUUCAAACACCCGCAGGCUUUGCACAAGGCUAUGAAAUUCUGCAGGAACAUUUUCUACAGCAACAACGUUAUCCCUUACACAGCAGAUGCUGUUGUCUUUCAUGCGUGUAGCUGCUCUGAGAAUAAAACCAAAGCAGUAGUGUCUCCAAAAGGAAAGCGAAUCCUCUUACACAGAGUCUGCCCUGGACUAUCUGAUCUGCUACUACAGGCAUUAUGCUUGUGACACUGACAUUGCAGCUGCUUGAACACUGCUGAUCGUUGCUUUAAUUUAAUAUGUAAGUAAAUUUCAUGUAAAAAAAAAAAAAAAACACAAAAAAACAAACACAGCAUUUCUUACAACUGCUAAAAAUCAAGAAACAUGGAAAGUACCUUUGCUAUACUUAUAGCUUACACUCCAACAAAAUCACAAAAAUUACAGUAAUUAUAAGACAAAACCAACCACAAGAUAGCUUUACUACUGAUUUCUAUACAACUUUUUCAUCUCAUAUAGAUACCAUCUUAGCUUUUUACCGAGUUUCCUUCUUGUUAUUCUCCAGUGAGAUUUUUUUUUCACGAGAUAAUUAAAAAUACAUAUAUUUUUUAAACCAUAAACAAUUUAAUCAGAUGAAAGUAGAAAGCUCACCAUGGCAAAAGCAUCAGCAGUGGCCACCCUCCUUUAUUCCGAUGGCACCUUAGCCCACAAAUAGCUCCAAGCUUUCUUGGGGACUGCUUGCACAGGAAUGUAUUUAGAUCCUUGGUGUUGUAAGAACCCAUUUGUCUCCACAGUUAUAAGCAUAGCAUGAACAGGAGUGCCAGAUUUUAGAGUAAGCCUGACAUGUCUUCCUGAACAGAUUCCCCAGCCCCCAUGUCUGGAUUUACGUUGUUAAUUUACUUGUGUUUUAUUUUGGAAACUCUAGUGCCUUUUCAGUCUUAUAUAAAUGUGUACAUAGAUGUAUUCUAUACGGACAGGACAUGCCAUAUGCAGCCAGUGUUUGCUAUUAAUGACUGUAAUCAUUAAACAUAACCACAUAUACAGUUUUUGGACUUUUAACCUCGCAGUGUAUGGGUUUGUAUCCAGUCAUAAACACUCUGCUCCUUUUCAUUUCCGCAAUAAAUCAGAGUGGUUUGGUUUUCAGUUUAUUUCUAGAAAUGCUCAAAAUCACAAUAAAACUUCACAUUUGUACA